UACAAGCUGAUGUGAUUUCUCGCAGGGGCGGUGACGUACAAUCUAAAAUUCACUACAUAAAGGGAACUGUUCUCGUGAGAUACUGGUUAAUGAACUAAGCACACCUCCAUUGGGAUUUGACGACCGUUACGUCGUGCUCGAUGUGAUGGUUGUUGUUUUGGUUGUUGUACGUAGCCUAGCAUAUUUUCUUAGUUAACAGUGCGACUUAACGACCAUUAAACAUCCAUGAAACCGACAGACUCGGAUGAAGAUGAAGCAGAGCACCCGAGCUCCAUGCAGAAGGAGCUGAGACAGCGGGCCAACCAAAGCAUCCAGCAUCUGAGCAGUGCUCUGCUGCAGCUGGACCCUGAUGGAGAUGAGGUGGAGAAGGUCAGAGGUGGUGAUGAAGACCAUUUUACAAGCAUGGCCGAAGAGGACAAGGCUGCAUGGAACCAAAAGUCACAGAGUGAAGCAGUUAAUCAGCUGAAGAGCCUUCUGCUGAAGCAGGGCAGAGAAAUUCCCACACCUGUCUCCCCUUCCAAGAAACAGUCUCCAUCCAAGGAGGGGAUGUCCAGUUUACCUGCCUUUCAGGAUUUGGUUCCUGUAUUUCACAAGUCAGAAUACAUCCAACAUCUGGAAGCUGAGGUUAAAUUCUGUAAGGAGGAGCUGCAGGGAAUGAAACAACGGAUCAGAGUAGUGGUGGUGGAAAAUGAGAAGUUACGUUCAGAACUGAAAGCCAAAGCUGUGGAUGAAUCCUUAAAAGAUUACACGAUCCGAAACUCCACGAUGAACGAAGUCAUCGACAACAGCCACAUAGCCUCCGUUAGAGACCACAUUGUGCAACAGAAAGAUGAACACAACACAUGGAAAAAUGAGCUGGAAAAACUGAAGGUGAUCUACCAGGCCCAGAUGGAAAGCUUGGAGGCGCAGGUCAUCUCUCUCAGAAAGGAUCUGUCAGUCAGUCAGAAGGAGUGCGAGGAGGUGAAGCUUCGCCUGAGACACAGAGAGAAGCAGGCCGCAGAUGCACUGAAGGCUGAUGGAGCUCCUCGUGUGGCAGGAUUGUGCCUGAAGUGUGCACAGCACGAAGCUGUGUUGGCUGGGACUCACACAAACCUGCAUGUCCAGGCUAUUGACAGGCUCACAAAAGAGCGGGAUGAGUUACUGGUGGCUCUGCGUGCUGUGAGGACCAGUCAGCAAGAGACACAACAGAGGGAGUGGUCGGCCUGUCUCCAGGUCAAACAGGCUGUGGAGAUGGCAGAGGAAGCAAACCUGCAGAAAGCUAGGGUGGAGGUGCAGUGCGAGCAGUUGUCCAGGGAGCUGGCUCGACAGAGAGAACAGCUCGACCGAGACGCACACGGUUUGCAGCAGAGACUGGCUGAGGCCAGAGAGGAGGGCCGAGCAGAGGCCCGCAAACAAAAAGAGGAGCUGACGAAUAUAGUGUCUGGCCUUUCCCAGCAUGUCGCUGAGUUGGAAGGACAGCUAGACAGAGCUCUCAGAGACAAGAGUUCACUGACCAGUCAGCUGGAGGACACUCUCCGCACACUUACCAGCCAGGAACAAGAAAACACAAAGGUAUGUGUGGAUCUGAGAUAUCAGCUCAGCCAGGCCGCGCUGAAGAAACAGGAGGCUGAACGAGAGCUCAGAGAGCUCAACGCCAAGACCAGCAGACAGAUGGAAAAGGCAGCACAGGAAGUGGAAAGGCUGAGCUCAGAGCUGGUUGGCUGUCGGCAGCAUCUGGAGGCGGUCCAAAAGGACGGGAGCCAAUGGCAGGCCGAAGCCCUGAGCCUAGCAGAACAGCUGGCAAAUGCCCAGCGCCAACUGCACCUCACCAGACAGGACAGAGAGGGUGCAGACCGGGCUCACGAAGAGGAAAUGGCAUCUGUGACUCUUUCAGCUCGGGAAAGGGAGCGAGAGCUGACUGUGAUGCUGCAGCAAGCAGAAGCCGAACACCUGCAGAGAGUUGGAGAGUUGGAUGGUCUCCUGAGUUCCCAGAAUUCCCUCAUUGGGAGGCUGAAGGAGGAGUGCUGCAACCUGGGGACCAAACUGGAAGAGCUGGCUGAAAAAAGCAGAAGUGAGCUGGAACAGCUGGCAUUGGAGAAACAACACUUGGAGGAAACGGUGAAGAAUCUGAGAGCUCGCUGCUCGGAUAUGGAAGAACAGUGUGUCCAGCACGGUCGCAUGCACCAGCGCAUGAAGGACAGGCUGCAGCAGUUGGACCGUCACUGUCAGAGCAGCGCCCAGCAGGUGUGUGAGCUGCUGGCCAAACAGAACCAGCUGAUGCAGGAGAGAAACACACUGAGCGAGGAGAUGCAGAGCCUACGCAUCGAGCUGCCGAACAUGAGACGAACUGAGACUCUGUCCACAUGAGUCUGUCUCGCCGGUUUCCCUUCAUCGCUCCGUGGAUCAGGAUGUUCUGUUCGUUUGUCAACAGGAAAACAAACCGUUGUUUACUUAGAGGAUAUUUAUGUCCUCUAUUCGGUAUUAAUGUGGAUUGUGUUCAUGUAACUGAGUUUUUUGUGGCAUUUUUUUGUCUCAUGAGUGUAAUUAUGAUUGAUAGGUCAAGUGAGUAUUCAAAGUUGGUUUUUUUUCCUCCCACUUUAGUAUUCAUUUUAACAAAUAAAAGCUCAGUUCACUAAUGAGCUUUCUGAAGUACUACUUCUUUAUAUAGAAAUGCUAAAAUGAUGCACAACUCAAUGUCCAAUAGGAAGUGUCCUGGAUUAAAAACUGUAAAGAUCCUAAUCCAAACUUUACUUCCAUUACAGGAUUUUAUUUGCUGGGAAACUUUGAGCAUAAAGUGCCUCUGUAAACCUCUGCCAUACUGGACAUAGACUUGAUUUAUAUUAAAGAUUGUUAUGUGUGCAAGGCGCACCCCCAACACUCAUUUUGUGAGUUUUUAGUGAACAUUGUUUUUUUGCUCUGUUUAGACUGAGCUGAAAGUUCAGGGCGGUCCACAAAGCGAACAAAAAGUCGACACGAUGGCAGCAGAUUGACAUAGUGCUUUAUUGAAGCUGUCUGUAAGAAGGAAAAUAAUGUGCAUCCCUAUCAUAUACAUUUUAUGUGUAAAAAUACUAAGGAUGUACAGAGUAAAAAAAACAGCUUCAUGUUGAUGGUAAUUUGUUGUUUUCACAUCGUGGCGGGCUCACUGGCCAGCAGCUCU